UCACAAUGAUUAAUAAGUAUUUUUAAGGCUUCAUUAGUGAGAAAUAUGCUACAGGUAUAAACAGAUGUGCAGGACUUAAAAGAGUAGGCCAGAUGGUUGAUACUAUAGCUAAACUUUUCUGGGUGCCUCUUAGCAAAUAAAUGGAUCUCUCUCUGUUCCUUGUGUUACUUCUCUUUUCCCCAAGGAAAAUCACAUUUUUCAGGUCUGACAACAAUUUUCAACCUGACAACAAUUGCUCCAGUUCAUUUUGGCAACUGCUAAAAUUGUCACCUUGGGAACCCCAAGCACACACACUGACUGUACUUGCACAGCUCCUACCCUGAGCCUUUCGGAAAUUUCCUUCAGGAAGCCCGUCUAUCAUCUCACAAACAGAACCACUGAUCUAACCUGGGCAACCAUCUUUCUGCAUCUGCUCUGUCUGAGACUCUCACCGGCUCCUAUGGAGACAGGGAAUCCUGCAUCACUCAUCCCUUAGGCUAGACUGAAGGUCUCCUUCCAAAGGCAACUACUUACUACUCUCUGCCUUGGGUCAUACAAGAAGCACUAUUCUUAUCUAUUCACACGCUAAGCUAUUUUUUUUUUAAGUGAGCUUUGCUAGUCAGUCUCCUCGAAAUUCCCCAGAAGGAAUCAAACAGAAAUGGAACAAAGGACAGGAAAAGCCAAGGAGGUUUGCUGAAAUUGAAGCAUUCUGAAGACAGCUGGGUGCUACAAUGGGUGUAAUGUGAGGAAGGUGGUCUUGGGUGCACGCACAGACCAACACUGCCAUUGUUACAAUUUGUGUAGGAUGAUCUCAGGUGACAGCAGCAAUUCAUCACACCCAGAAACACAUCCCCCACACAUAUUUACUUGAGGGUACCAGACCCGCUCACAAAGCAGAGAAGAGCUAAGGCUGUUCUCUAAGGGCUGAGAAUUGCUGCUACUGCCUAGUGAGUAGGGAGAGGGUACUCCUCAGGCCCUAUUUCCUAUCAAAUCAUGUGUCAGUGUUGCCUAGGAGAUAGAGACACAGUAACUACUCUAGCCAAACAAGGCACAUAAACAGAACAGAAAUGCAACGGCUUAGAGUACCCACAGAAAACUUGAUUACCUUGUCACCAUGAGUAAAAGCUAAUUCCAACUCCUGAAGAGAGCAAACCAGCUCUGAAAGAGAGUGAAAAUGCAGACGAGACAGUUAUCAGAUAAUGGCUAUCUGGACAAGAGAUUCUUUCAUUUGACAGCAGUUUGGUUGUUGGGAGUUCCAGUUCGGCUUCUGCAUAGUUGCUCUGUACAAAUCCUCCUCCGUAUUUGCUUAGAGAAAAUGUGUUGCCAUCCCAUCAUGAAGGAAGCUGCCCAAGAGUUUUUAACCAUUACAGCUGUGAUGAUGAAAGAGUGAAGAACCGCCUCUAAGUUAAAAAGUGCACCCAGAGAUAAGGUUCAUUCUCAAUGCCCUGCCGCUGCUUCUGAUCGCAUGGCCACUGCACUUCUCAGGCCAGGCACACUGAGCAUCGGUCCUGUGCCUGACACUGUGCUAGAUGCUGGGGUUGCAGCCAUGAGCAUAGACAUGACAGACACAGUCCUCGCCAUCUACUGUUGAGUACUGACUGGAACAAGAGGAUCGUCUGUAGACAGGAUAUGAUCAUCAUGGCACCUGUAUUACUGAUACUUUUGGGGGCCACUGAGAUACUGCAAGCUGACUUACUUCCUGAUGACAAGAUUUCACUUCUCCCACCUGUCAAUUUCACCAUUAAAGUUACUGGUUUGGCUCAAGUUCUUUUACGUUGGGAACCAAAUCCUGAUCAAGAGCAAAGGAAUGUUAAUCUAGAAUAUCAAGUGAAAAUAAACGCUCCAAAAGAAGAUGAUUAUGAAACCAGAAUCACUGAAAGCAAAUGCGUAACCAUCCUCCACAAAGGAUUUUCAGCAAGUGUGCGGACCAUCCUGCAGAACGACCACUCACUCCUGGCCAGCAGCUGGGCUUCUGCUGAACUUCAUGCCCCAUCAGGGUCUCCCGGAACCUCAGUUGUGAAUUUAACUUGCACCACAAACACUACAGCAGAUAAUUAUUCACAUUUAAGGCCAUACCAAGUUUCCCUUCACUGCACCUGGCUUGUUGGCACAGAUGCCCCUGAGGACACGCAGUAUUUUCUCUACUAUAGGUAUGGCUCUUGGACUGAAGAAUGCCAAGAAUACAGCAAAGACUCAAUGGGGAGAAAUAUCGCAUGCUGGUUUCCCAGGACUUUUAUCCACAGCAGAGGGCGUGACUGGCUUGCGGUGCUUGUUAACGGCUCCAGCAAGCACUCUGCCAUCAAGCCCUUUGAUCAGCUGUUUACCCUUCAUGCCAUUGAUCAAAUAAAUCCACCACUGAAUGUCACAGCAGAGAUUGAAGGAACUCGUCUCUCUAUCCAAUGGGAGAAACCAGUGUCUGCCUUUCCAAUCCAUUGCUUUGAUUAUGAAGUAAAAAUACACAAUGCAAGGAACGGAUAUUUGCAGAUAGAAAAAAUGAUGACCAAUGCAUUCAUCUCAAUAAUUGAUGAUCUUUCUAAGUAUGAUGUUCAAGUGAGAGCAGCAGUGAGCUCCAUGUGCAGAGAGGCAGGGCUCUGGAGUGAGUGGAGCCAACCUAUUUAUGUGGGAAAAGAUGAACACAAGCCCUUGAGAGAGUGGUUUCUCAUUGUGCUUAUGGCAACCAUCUGCUUCAUCUUGUUAAUUCUCUUGCUCAUCUGUAGAAUAUGUCAUUUAUGGAUCAAGUUGUUUCCACCAAUUCCAGCACCAAAAAGUAAUAUCAAAGAUCUCUUUGUAACUGCUAACUAUGAGAAAGCUGGUUCCGUUGAGACAGAAAUUGAAGUCAUCAGUUAUAUAGAGAAGCCUGGAGUUGAGACCCUGGAGGAUUCUGUGUUUUGACUGCCACGGUGGCAUCCUCUGAUGAACUCACACACACAUGCCUCAGUGAAAAGAAGAACAGGGAUGCUGGUUCUUGGCUAAGAGGUGUUCAGAAUUUAUGGAAUAUUCAAUUUAGCUGCGAAGCAAUACACACAGACACAUCAGUCUUAUAUCCCUUAAAAGUAUGGAUGCUUCAUCAAAAUCUCCUCGCCCACAGCAGGGAAGUUGAUUCAUCCAAGCAUUUUGCCAUGUUUUUUCUCACCACUCCGAACAGGGUAGCACCUCCUCACCUGCCGAUCUUUGCAAUUUGCUUGACUUACCUCAAACUUUUCUUGCACAAGAGACAGCUUUUAAGGCUAACGUUCAGCUAUCUUUACUUCUGGCAGUGCCCGUUUGGUUGUUUAAGCUGCCAGUGGUAGCACUCAGCUACCAUAUGAGGAAGAAAGCAUUUUGCACCAACUUAGAGUGAAUCAUGAACUUGGAUUCAAGACUAUCUUUUCUAUAGCAAGUGAGAGCCACAAAUUCCUCACCCCCCUACAUUCUAGAAUAAUCGUUUUAUAGGUAGAGAGAGAGAGAGAGAGUGUGUGUGUGUGUGUGUGUGUGAGAGAGAGAGAGAGAGAGAGAAAUUAUCUCAAGCUCCAGAGGCCUGAUCCAGGAUACAUCAUUUGAAACCAACUAAUUUAAAAGCAUAAUAGAGCUAAGAUAUCACCCCAUAUUAAAAGAGAGGACAGGAUUUCGUUCAAAUAUACAUUCUUGAAGGAAGACUUAAUAUUCUGGAAAUAUGCUGAGAAAGUCAUUGAGCAUAAUUCAAUCAUGAAAGGGAUCACUGAAUCAAGAAGGAACUUUCUGAAGAGAUGUUUGCUGCCAAAGGCUUCAGAGCACCUCAAGUAAUGCCAAGUCAAUCCUAGUCUCUCAAGUUUGGAAAGGUUUCUACAAGGCCAUCCCAUCAAAUAUCCCAAUCUAUACAGAAGUUCUUCUUCCUAACAUCUUCACAUAUGAGUCUGCAUCCAGAUUGGAGGCCUUUGUGAUGGGUGAUGAACUACAGGUGGAACCAAGUACAGGUGUGUCCUGGGCAGAGAUGGGCCAGAGAAAGGAACCCAAACAGUGCUGAUUCUACAUGGCCCUGGGUCAGGAAGCUGAAGGCUGAGAAAGGAGGUAACAGUGCCCAGAAUUCCCACAUGGCACACUCUUUAAAUGCUUUCUGGAGCUGUUUUAGUCAGUUUUGAUCCAUCAGUGGGGACACAUUGAUCACCAUAUAUUUCCAGGUUUGUUUUCUUAACUAACCUAUAAUUAUCCACUAUAACUAGCAGAGGGUUGAACCCUGGGUAAUAACCUAUAAUUAUCCACUAUAACUAGCAGAGGGUUGAACCCUGGGUAAUAGGCACAGAGACAUCUUAAAUCUUGACAAGCCUGAACGGUCUUAUAGUGAUCUGUAUUACUGUUCCAUUUUAUAGUUGCAGUUACUAAGGUUCGGAGAAGUUGAUAGGAAAUGGCAUAGUGAGGAGUUGAAUACCAGGCUCAGGGGAAAGUGACCCCAGAAAUGUGGGGAGGAGUGUCAGGGAAAGUUGAGGCCUGCUUAGGGGUGUGGCUGAGAAGGCAAGGCCCAUGGAGGUGGUGCAAUAAUUGGCAAAAUGUUUAAAAUGUUUGGUCACUCGAAUGAUUCAGAAUCUCAGACCUGCUUUUGUUGUUGUUGUUGUUGUUGUUGUUGUUGUUGGG